GACGAGGAGAAGACAAAUAUUUUCAAAAUUGUCUUCCGAGAUGUCUUCUGCGCGGAGACGUCAGCGAUCAAAACCGUCUGCCUCAGCCAGUUCUUCGUCAGAUGUGGACAAUGCUAUUCUUGAAGCUUUACGACGUCCACCAAUCAACCAAAUGACUUACAAUAAACAAGGGGGUCAAGAUAUAGAUGAUGCAAAUGUACAAAGUGGAAGAGAUUCACCUUUUAUGAUGUUUGACGCCCUUUCCCAGGUGGCAUCUAUGGCAUUUGAGGCUGAGGAAGAGGAAAAAGAAAAGAAACCAAUUCCAAAGAAGAUUACUCAAAGAAGUGUCCAAUCAUUAAGUGUGUUAAACCUGGAUCAGAUCCGACAACUUUCUGAGAAAACUCUAAUCAACAUGUUCUCUGAGAUGACUGGUGAUGAGAUAAAGAAGAACUAUACAUAUACUUGUAUUUUGAUGCCCUCUAGAUGUUGCGCUAGUAUAACAAGUUUUGGGAAUGAGAGCAAGGCAAGGUUUCAGAUGAAGGACCACCUACAGGAACAUAUUGUUAAUCUUAUCAAGGAGUCUGAAGCACCUGGAGGGGGAAGAAUCAAGUUUACAUCGGAACCACUCCAUGCCAGGAAAAGACGACUAUCAGGCAAAAAGCCUAUCAUUACCAGAAAUCGUAACAAGGAGAAGGAGUCACCACAACAGCAACCACAACUCAAACCAAAGAAGAUGAAAAGGUUGAGGGAAAAAAAGCCCAUUAAGAAAGACACUGAUGCUGAUUCAGAAGAUUCCUCAAUGUUUACUCUCCUAAAGAACAAACCAAAUGACUCAACUGAUGAGAUCGAAGCAGGGUUUGGGAGUCUAUCUGAAACUGAUAAACGUAUAGCAGAGAAUGAACAGUUUAUAACAGAUUUACUUAACAGAAAUCAGCCUCAUCAUGAUCAUUGUUAUACAACCAUAUUUGGUAAGAGGCGGGGCAUAGAAUGGAUGCAUUAUGAGCUGGACUCUGACUCCGCCCCUGAAGAUGAGGAGUAUUUACAAUCACGUACAAAUGCUAAGAUAAAUAAUCCCCGUGAAAUCACUACUUUGGCUCCUACUGGACAGUUUAAACUUCCAUCAAAGUUGAAGGUUAUGGGGCCAAUUUUAGCUGGUAAACAGAACACGUCGGGACCUGGAGAAAGAAACCCUGUGUUGAGGAUGACUAGGAUUCCUGUCACUCCAGAUGGCACGCCCAUAUUUAGUAACGAAGAAGUCGUUCAAGCAGAGAAAACUCUCCCUGACAGUGACACAACAGGAGAAAGGCCAUAUCCUCCCAUGCCCAAAUUUGAGCUGGCUAAGAAAGGUCGCAUGGAUUGUCUAGAAGAGGACCUAGCUAUACAAGACCUCUCAUCAGAUGAGAGCUUAAACGAUGAACAAAUGAAGAAACGACGAAAGAAAAACCCUGUCAUCGGGACUGCAGAGUGGGAGCGUAGACUUGCAUUGAAGUGCAUAAGAGAGCUGAGAUUAAAGAAGAGAGAUGAUACCACAAGGGCGAUACUGGAGUGUAAGAUCUGUAGAGAUAAGACAUUCACUGCCACAGCAACACUGAUGUACCAUUAUAGGAGUCAUGCAGGUAUCAAGCCAUUCAUGUGUCUGAUCUGUGGGACAACAUUCACCCGACAACACAGUCUCAACUACCACAUGUUAAUACACAACAACCAGAGCAGAUUCACAUGUAAAGAGUGUGGACGCAAGUUUAGGCAUCCAAGCCACUUUAAGGAACACCUGAGAAGACACACUGGUGAGACACCCUUUGAAUGCACAGACUGUCCCUUCAAGUUCAAGACACGGAACACUUACAAACGUCAUCUUAAAACUAGACAUGGCAAACUACUCACAGCCAAUGGAAUCUCAGAAAUGCCCGCUGAUGAAUUUGCAAGAGUGAAAACUAAGCCAUAUCGCUACCGUCAAAACAACUAUGUUGACGUGUUUCCCAAUAUGAAUGACGUUAAAUACAAUGAAAAAAGUGAACAUAUGACCCAGCGGGAGGACAAAGCAGAGGUGGUAUUAAAUACUACCCAAAAUCCUUCAUUUCCUGAAAUUGCUAGUACAAGUAAACCACAAACUUAUGACAGUGUGGUUUCUAUAAGGGAUGCUUUGGGACCCCCAAUAAGUCCAUAAAGACCCACUCUUGUGUGAUCCUGAACAUGUACAUUGACUGAUGGAGGGUUUGGAUGCCCAUAAUUUUGAAAUGUGAUCCUGCUCCCUGCUAGAGGCCUUCAAUCAAUCCAUUUUGUAUAUUAGAUAAUUAAGGAAGGAAUAUCCAUAUUGAUUGAAAAAGAGCUUAAAUUCUAAGAUGAAGAAAUUGUGAAACUUUUGUCAUAGGCUGAUAUGGCUGGGUCGUAUAUUAUGUACAUUGACUUACUAUACACUCAGAGGUUUAUGGUAUUUUUGAAGAAGGAAAAACUUGGUGAAGACAAAAAGAAAAAUCAUUGGAAAUCAUAACAAUGAAAGCAAACAGUCAUACAAUUUCUAAAAAUGGGUUAUUUUGGUAUUAACAGCCUCAGAAAAUUUCCUGAUGCUAAUGAAACCCUUGUGUACUUCUGAUACUCAUGUUUAUCUUGUUUUACACCAUGUAUUUAAAAUAUCUAUGUUUACAUUGUAUUGUACAUACUCUCAUUCCUAUAAUCAUAAA